CUGGCCGCGGAGUCAGUCGAAGCUCUCCUCAGCGGCCGGCUGAGCCAGCUGAGGCGGGAGAAAAACAUGGCUCGGACCUUGGAGGGCGCGAAGGGUCGGGUUGCGGUGAAGACCAAGACUCCCGCAGCGUGAGCCAGUGGGUGUUUGAAUUCAGUGACACGAAGGAAGCAUCCCUGUUUGAACAAGAUUACUUAUUAAAGAAGUAUCCCUAAAUCUUUCCAGGUCCUGGUAUUUUGGAAGCUACAAGAAAAAAAGAUUAAGAGGUUUGUUCUCUUUUUUGUGGACAUGGCUCAGAUUUCCAACAACAGUGAAUUUAAACAAUGUUCAUCUUCACAUCCAGAACCAAUAAGAACCAAAGAUGUGAACAAAGCAGAAGCGUUACAGAUGGAAGCAGAAGCCUUAGCAAAACUGCAGAAGGAUAGACAAAUGACUGACAGCCCAAGAGGCUUUGAGCUGUCUAGCAGCACCAGACAAAGAACACAAGGUUUUAACAAACAGGAUUAUGAUCUCAUGGUGUUUCCGGAGUUGGAUUCCCAAAAAAGAGCAGUAGAUAUUGAUGUAGAAAAGCUCACCCAAGCUGAACUUGAGAAGAUAUUGCUGGACGACAAUUUUGAAACUAGAAAAACUCCUGCAUUGCCAGUUACUUCUGUUCUGAGCCCUUCAUUUUCAACACAGCUGUAUCUUAGACCUAGUGUUCAAAGAGGCCAGUGGCCCCCUGGAUUAUGCGGGCCUUCCACAUACACUUUACCUUCUAUUUAUCCUUCAGCAUACAGUAAACAGGCCACAUUCCAGAAUGGCUUCAGUCCAAGGAUGCCCACUUUUCCAUCAACAGAGUCUGUAUAUUUAAGACUUCCUGGACAGUCUCCAUAUUUUUCAUAUCCUUUGACACCUGCCACACCAUUUCAUCCACAAGGAAGUUUACCAGUCUAUCGUCCACUAGUCAGUCCUGACAUGGCAAAACUAUUUGACAAAAUAGCAAGUACCUCAGAAUUUUUAAAAAAUGGGAAAGCGAGGACUGAUUUGGAGAUAGCAAACUCGAAAGCUUCAGUCUGCAAUCUACAGAUAUCUCCAAAGUCUGAAGACAUCAAUAAGUUUGAUUGGUUAGACUUGGAUCCUCUGAGUAAGCCUAAGGUAGACUAUGUGGAGGUGUUAGAACAUGAAGAAGAGAAGAAUAAUCCAGUUUUGCUAGCAGAGGAUCCUUGGGAUGCUGUUCUUCUUGAAGAGAGAUCUCCAAGUUGUCACCUAGAAAGAAAGGUGAAUGGAAAAUCCCUUUCUGGGGCAACUGUAACAAGAAGCCAGUCUUUAAUCAUUCGGACAGCUCAACUUACAAAAGCCCAGGGCCAAGUAUCUCAGAAAGACCCAAAUGGGACCAGUAGUUUGCCAACUGGAAGUUCUCUUCUACAAGAAUUUGAAGUACAGAAUGACGAGGUGGCAGCUUUUUGUCAAUCCAUUAUGAAAUUGAAGACCAAAUUUCCAUAUACCGAUCACUGCACAAAUCCAGGCUAUUUGUUAAGUCCAGUGACAGUGCAAAGAAACAUGUGUGGAAUAAAUGCCAGUGUGAAGGUCUCCAUUGAAAUUGAAGGGUUUCAACUACCAGUUACUUUCACAUGUGAUGUGAGUUCUACUGUAGAAAUAAUUAUAAUGCAAGCCCUUUGCUGGGUACAUGAUGACUUGAAUCAAGUGGAUGUUGGCAGCUACAUUCUGAAAGUUUGUGGUCAAGAGGAGGUUCUACAGAAUAAUCAUUGUCUUGGAAGUCACGAACAUAUUCAAAAUUGUCGAAAAUGGGACACAGAGAUUAAAUUACAGCUCUUGACCUUCAGUGCAAUGAGCCAGAACCUGGCUCGAACAGCAGAAGAUGAUGAAGCACCUGUGGAUUUAAACAAAUACUUGUAUCAAAUAGAAAAACCUUAUAAAGAAGUCAUGACAAGACACCCUGUUGAAGAGCUCUUAGAUUCCUAUCACUACCAAGUAGAACUGGCUCUUCAAACUGAAAACCAGCACCGAGCUGUUGAUCAAGUGAUUAAAGCAGUAAGAAAAAUUUGUAGUGCUUUAGAUGGGGUGGAGACCCCCUCCGUUACAGAAGCAGUGAAGAAGUUAAAGCGAGCAGUUAACCUUCCAAGGAAUAAAAGUGCUGAUGUGACUUCAUUAUCUGGAAGUGACACAAGGAAGAACUCAACUAAGGGGUCACUGAAUCCUGAAAAUCCUGUUCAAGUAAGCAUGGAUCACCUAACAACAGCGAUUUAUGAUCUUCUCAGGCUCCAUGCAAAUUCUAGUAGGUGUUCUACAGGCUGUCCCCGAGGUAGCAGGAACAUCAAGGAAGCAUGGACUGCAACAGAGCAGCUCCAGUUCACUGUCUAUGCUGCACACGGAAUUUCCAGUAACUGGGUAUCAAAUUAUGAAAAAUACUACUUGAUAUGUUCCCUGUCUCACAAUGGGAAGGAUCUUUUUAAACCUAUUCAGUCAAAGAAGGUUGGCACGUAUAAGAAUUUCUUCUAUCUUAUUAAAUGGGAUGAACUAAUCAUUUUUCCUAUCCAGAUCUCGCAGUUGCCAUUAGAAUCAGUUCUUCAUCUUACUCUGUUUGGAGUUUUAAAUCAGAGCAGUGGAAGUUCCCCUGAUUCUAAUAAACAGAGAAAGGGGCCAGAAGCUCUGGGCAAAGUUUCUUUAACUCUAUUUGAUUUUAAACGGUUUUUAACAUGUGGGACUAAACUUCUCUACCUUUGGACUUCAUCACAUACAAAUUCUAUUCCUGGAGCAAUGCCCAAAAAAGGCUAUGUCAUGGAAAGAAUUGUGCUACAGGUUGAUUUUCCUUCUCCUGCAUUUGACAUUAUUUAUACAUCUCCUCAAAUUGAUAGACCCAUUAUACAGCAGUACAAGUUGGAAACACUGGAGAGUGAUAUAAAGGGGAAACUUCUGGAUAUUAUUCACAGAGAUUCAUCAUUUGGACUAUCUAAAGAAGAUAAGGUCUUUUUGUGGGAAAACCGCUAUUAUUGCCUAAAACAUCCAAAUUGUCUUCCGAAGAUAUUAGCAAGUGCUCCAAACUGGAAGUGGGCUAAUCUUGCCAAAACUUACUCAUUGCUGCAUCAGUGGCCGCCAUUGUGCCCACUAGCUGCAUUGGAGCUCCUUGAUGCAAAAUUUGCUGAUCAGGAGGUGCGAUCGCUUGCUGUGAGCUGGAUGGAGGCCAUUAGUGAUGAUGAGCUAGCAGAUCUGCUCCCACAGUUUGUACAGGCUUUGAAAUAUGAAAUUUAUUUGAAUAGUUCACUAGUGCGCUUCCUUCUGUCCAGGGCAUUGGGAAACAUCCAGAUAGCACACAGUUUGUAUUGGCUUCUCAAGGAUGCUUUGCAUGAUACACACUUUGGAAGCAGAUAUGAACAUGUGUUGGGUGCUCUCCUCUCUGUAGGAGGAAAAGGACUCAGAGAAGAGCUUUCUAAGCAGAUGAAACUUGUACAGCUUUUAGGAGGAGUGGCAGAAAAAGUAAGACAGGCUAGUGGAUCAACAAGACAGGUCGUCCUCCAAAAGAGUAUGGAACGGGUACAGUCCUUUUUUCUGAGAAAUAAAUGCCGUCUUCCUCUCAAACCAAGUCUAGUGGCAAAAGAACUAAAUAUUAAGUCAUGUUCGUUCUUCAGUUCUAAUGCUAUGCCUCUGAAAGUCACAAUGGUGAAUGCUGAUCCUCUGGGGGAAGAAAUUAAUGUCAUGUUUAAGGUUGGUGAAGAUCUGCGGCAAGAUAUGUUAGCUUUACAGAUGAUAAAGAUUAUGGAUAAGAUCUGGCUUAAAGAGGGACUGGAUCUGAGGAUGGUGAUAUUCAAAUGCCUGUCAACUGGCCGAGAUCGAGGCAUGGUGGAGCUAGUUCCUGCUUCAGAUACCCUCAGGAAAAUCCAAGUGGAAUAUGGUGUAACAGGAUCCUUUAAAGAUAAACCACUUGCUGAGUGGCUGAGGAAAUACAAUCCUUCUGAAGAAGAAUAUGAAAAGGCUUCUGAGAACUUUAUCUACUCUUGUGCUGGGUGCUGUGUAGCCACCUAUGUUUUAGGCAUUUGUGAUCGGCACAAUGACAACAUAAUGCUUCGAAGUACAGGACACAUGUUCCACAUUGACUUUGGAAAGUUUUUGGGCCAUGCACAGAUGUUUGGUAGCUUCAAAAGGGACCGAGCUCCUUUCGUGCUUACCUCUGACAUGGCAUAUGUCAUUAAUGGAGGUGAAAAGCCCACCAUUCGCUUCCAGUUGUUUGUGGACCUCUGCUGUCAAGCCUACAACUUGAUAAGAAAGCAAACAAACCUCUUUCUUAACCUUCUCUCACUGAUGAUUCCUUCAGGAUUGCCAGAACUUACAAGCAUUCAGGAUUUGAAAUAUGUUAGAGAUGCACUUCAGCCCCAAACUACAGAUGCUGAAGCUACUAUUUUCUUUACUAGGUAUGGCAUGUUUAAUUUUGUCAAAAAGUCCUUUGUGACAAAAAGACUAGGGAUGUCGCUCAGAGGUAGAGUCCUUAUCCUCUCCUCUGUAAAGUCCUGCCCAGAUAAACACUAUAUUUAUGUGGUUCGAAUUCUGAGAGAAGGACACCUUGAACCAUCAUUUGUAUUCCGGACAUUUGAUGAAUUUCAGGAACUUCACAAUAAGCUCAGUAUUAUUUUUCCUCUUUGGAAAUUACCUGGCUUUCCUAAUAGGAUGGUUCUUGGAAGAACACACAUAAAAGAUGUUGCAGCGAAGAGGAAAAUUGAAUUAAACAGUUAUUUACAGAGUUUGAUGAAUGCAUCAACAGAUGUAGCAGAGUGUGAUCUUGUUUGUACUUUUUUCCACCCUUUACUUCGUGAUGAGAAAGCUGAAGGAAUAGCUAGGUCUGCAGGUGCAGUUCCCUUCAGCCCAACUCUGGGCCAAAUAGGAGGAGCAGUAAAGUUAUCUGUUUCUUACCGAAAUGGCACCCUCUUCAUCAUGGUGAUGCACAUCAAAGAUCUCGUGACUGAAGAUGGGGCUGACCCAAAUCCAUAUGUCAAAACAUACCUGCUUCCAGAUACCCACAAAACGUCAAAACGUAAAACCAAAAUUUCACGUAAAACUAGGAACCCAACAUUCAAUGAAAUGCUUGUAUAUAGUGGAUACAGCAGAGAAACUCUGAGGCAGAGAGAACUUCAAUUGAGUGUACUCAGUGCAGAAUCUCUGCGGGAGAAUUUCUUCUUGGGAGGAAUAACCCUGCCACUGAAAGAUUUCAACUUGAGCAAAGAGACAGUUAAGUGGUAUCAGCUGACUGCGGCAACAUACCUAUAAACUUCAGACUUCUGAGCUUUGGAAACAAGGAGUUAUAAAUGUGUGCGCAUGCGCACAUGCACACACUUGGGAACUUUGUAUAAUUUCAUACUGUGGCAGAAAUUAUAAACUUAACAUGUUGGACCAACUGUCAGUCAUAUGACUAACUUUUAUAGAAGCCAUUGCUAUUUCAAAGUUAUUUUGUUGAGUGCUACCAAUCCCAAACUUAAUAUAUACUAAGUCCUGAGAAAGACUUUGACAUAAUACUGUGUCAUUUUGGUCACCUUGUCUGUACUCUUCCUCUUCCUACACAGACGCAGCAAAUUGUUUUUUGUUAUGCACCUCACAGCCUUUACCACUGUGUAUGUUCACAGACACCAAAGGAAAGAUGCAGCUGCUACUCAACAGGCUGAAAAGCAAAGCACAAAUAGUAGUCAGAAUGCUGAGAACUACUAAGUCGUUUAUAGAAUAGAAAAAAAUACGAUUUGUAUUCAUUGUUAAAGCCUUUUCAGAGUAAGUGCCAAUGACUGAAGUUGUAAAUAACAGUGCCUUACUUAACUCAUGCUUCACUGGCACUCCACUUCUGAUUAAAGAGCAAGUAGUUUUCAUGCAUUUUCACCCACCUUACUGAAGACAGCAUGUCAUGUACAUUUACUAAUGCAUGUCAUGUACAUUUACUAAUGGUUUCUCCACAGAAAUACUAUUUCCUCUACUUCUGGUUGUUUUCACUAUUAAGCUAUUUAACUUAAUGUUUAUUGCCCCGUAAUUGAAUGAGAUUCAUUGAUAUUCUAAAUUGGUAUUUCAAAUUCUAUCAUUCCAUUAUCAUUUGUAAGGGUGCGAACUGAAAUUGGAGUUUCACUUCUAUGCAUUUAUACUUUACUCCCUCAUUAAACAAAUGGAAAUUGUUCAGCCUUAUUCCCUGUUUUGUUUGGUAAGGUGCCCAGGCAGGAUAAGGAGUUUAAUUUAGACAUUUAUGGAAGGUGGUGUGUAAACUGUCCUGUUUUUGUAAACAUUGUACAUUCACAUGGAAGAAUUAUUUUCUGUAAUACAAUGAAAUGAAAAUUGCAAGAGAGAAGUGUGAAGAUACUGUGGAGUAGACAUUAAGAAUAAGAUUCAUUUUUAAAGCCAGGCAUGGUGGCGCACGCCUUUAAUCCCAGCACUUGGGAGGCAGAGGCAGGUGGA